UGAAGGCACUGCACAUUUCACAGGUGAUUAGACAUACCAGUUCUUCUGGUGUACCUGUGCCCUAUACAACUUUCAAAACAACACACCCACUGUGGGAAAGGGAAAGCAUUUCAUUUAGUCUUUUGGUGUCGUCGGAGUAUAGGACGAUCUGUUGUACAAAAAGACAUCGACCUGUUUUCAUGCUUCUUCGCAGGUAAACACGCUUUUGUUGUGUGUUGACUCGAGGUCACAUUUGUCAUAUCAUUCACGGUGUAUGAACGUCACUGCAAGUCAGAGAAACCGCCGCAAAAUUUAGGAACAGUUGGCACAGUCGUGGACGUGUCCUACUAAACACAGCUGUCUUGAGACGAAAAGUUUGUCGUGGAUCCUUGUCGUCAGUCGGUUCUGGCUUAGUCUCGCGAAUCAUCGCACAACAACAUAGCGACAAGGAAGCUACACAGCAUGUAGACCACACCUACAGGUAAAUGGAUCGGCACAGCGACGUCAUGUCUAUUUUCAGAGUUGUAACGUAGGCAGAAAUGAGUAUAAAUUUGCCCUAUCUGUCUGUUAAGUCGCGCUCCUACGUACUUGAAAUAGUUGUCAACUGACGAGAGAGGUGAUUCCACAACACACCGAGCGCAUACUGGGAUCAAGACGCGUUGCCCGAAGACAUAAACGCCAAGGACACCACCAGAACUAUCAUGGCAGCUUUCGUGAUCUUCAAGGCUCUUCUAACCCGUCUGCUGUUCGGAGCGUUCGGCGUCCUGUGUAUCUGGCGGGUGUACAUCGUCCGUGAUGCCGAAACGUUCUGGCUACUCAUGCUGGCCGAAGCCGGACUGUUCAUCGAGACGCUCUUCACACUCAUCGUUAGGAAAGGCAAGGAGUGGAGAUGGUUCUCCCCGUGUGUGUUCUUCUACCUGUGCUGCACCGUUCCGUCUAUCUGGUUCCUCGAGCUGGAUCAGUUCGAGCGCCGCCUAGCGGAGAGGGAAGGAAUGCGGGAGGCCUGCAGAAACUUCACUGCCAAUGUCACUGACACUGACGAUGACAGUUCAGGAGAAAUGGACGACGUUUUGGAUCUUGGCUCCUUUGGAAUUAGCGCUAAGAUCACGAUCGACAACUGGGUCGGUGGUCUGGAGCAGAUUCUGGUCAUGCUCCUGGUCAUCGGACGCUGGCUACUGCCCAGAGGCGAUCUGACACGUGACGAGCUUUCUCAGCUGCUAUUGGUCUACAUCGCCAUGGCUGCCGACAUCGUGGAGCUGUUCCAAGUCUUCGAAGAAGACAGAGUUGGGAACAAAAAGGAUAUCGUCUUCACCGCGCUCUUUCUCUUCACCUGGAGCCUGCUGCAGUUCACCAUCGUCCUCACGGCAGUCAGGGGGCGGACGUCCCGCCCGGGUGCGAUACACAACAUCGACGGCACGCCGAGGAGCGGGCCAGCAGCCGACACAGGCCAAGAGCAGCAGCCGCCGGGAGCCGGCAACGGCAGCAGAGCCGGCAAGCGCCGUGGCACCCUCCACCAGCUCGUCUCGGAAGUGCAGGAAAGGAACCUGCACGUCUGCGGCUGCUGCCACCCCGACGUCUUCGCGAUGGUCAUCACCAUCGUCAUGCAAGACGGGCCGUUCCUGGCCUUCCGUCUGUACCUGAUCUUCCGCGAGCGCGUGCUCACCCAGGGCAUUCUCUUCUUCGUCGGGAAGAACUCUCUGCUCAUCGUGCUGCAGCUAUACCGCAUCGUCAUCAUCUGUUCCGGCCAAGAGGAGGAGGAGAAGAACAAGCCCGUAGCGGGGAUGGACUUACAGCCAGAGGAAAUCAUCAUGAAGGGCGAAAUGACGCAAGAAGACGCCGCAGCUGCGGAGCUCUGGGGUGGAGAGGAAGAGGAGGAGGAGAAAAAUAGCCCCGUAACAGGGAUGGACUUACAGCCAGAGGAAAUCAUCAUGAAGGACGAAAUGACGCCAGAAGACACCACAACCCCGGAACUCAAGGAUGUCCAAGUACAGCCAUAGUAGAGAUCGAGAGCACGUUGGCAAAACGUGUUCGUACUUCG